AUGGUUCCCCAACAGCAAAGAAGGAGGCGUCGUCGAGCGGUUUUGUCUCGGAAUGCUGAGAGACGAGUAGUGGUAGCGAGAGGAUCUGGUGGAUUUGGUUUUACUAUCGCCGGACAACGACCAUGUGUAGUUUCAGCAGUUGCACCCGGUGGGCCAGCAGAAAGAGCUGGUCUUUGCACUGGGGAUGCGUUGUUGGCUGUAGAUGGCGCGAGCGUUGCCCGAUCACCUCAUGCCAAUGUGGCCAGGAUGAUAGCAGCCGCAGACGGGCCCAUUGCACUGUCAGUAGCACCGAGAGAGACACCACCUACGGACACGGAGGAUACAGAACCUGAGGAGCGUGCAAGAACUCGCAGGCGAUAUCCACCACCCAGACGUAGGCCGCAACCCGCUGUUUUACAUCAUCCCGGUUGUCACGCACACGCUGCCUCAACGACAACGGGUAUUAGUGAGAUUAUACAAAACUUAAGUCGAGCUCAGCUUGCCCCAAAUCAAGUUGCGCGACUCGAAUGUCGUACAGUUGUCGGUUACUUAGGAACAAUUGAAACACCACAGUCGACAUCGAAUUCUGCUCCAGAAAAUGUAAAAACCGCUGUGAGAAAACUUCGUCAGGAAAGACGAGCUGCUACGCCAGUACUACUGUCAGUGCUUCCUAGCUCCUUGCUGCUUAGACGUCCUUCAGGACAAAUCCUCGCUCAGUACCGACGAGAGAGGAUUGUGUAUGCUGGAUGUGGGUCAGAUGCAGAUAGAAGAUUUUUUGGACUAGUAACAGCUGCGGAGCUCUCGGAGUCAGAGAUUGAAGCGUCACAUUCCUGUCACGUGUUUGUGGUUGAUCCCCGAAUGGCUGAACACGACGUUCAUGUCUCUCGAGCUCGAGAAUUUCAGAUAUCGUGUACACGGGACCCUGUUGCCGAGCGGUGUUUGGAGUUUCCACCGUCAGCGGAGUACGUGGUGGGAGUUAUUCGCGGAAUGUAUUCUUUACCUCCCGAUGAUUGUGCCAGCCCUGUACUUCAACAGAUAUCAAAAUUGGCAAUCAAGAGUGAUAGUCCCGCUCCGAGCGACUUCUCAAGGUCUAAUCGGCCCAUGUUUAGACCGUUACGCGAGAGGAGGCCGUGCAGACACGAAGAGAUUAGAAUGGAGCCAGAUUUUGUGGCGAAUUCUCCUCAACCCAGUAAUCACAGUGAAAUAACGACCACCUCAAGUAAUAGUGAUUCUGGAAUUGGCUUUCAUAAUGAUUGCAGAAAUGUUGCUGAUAGAAUUUUGGUUGUAGAUUUUGCCAAUCAACAGUCCUCGCAAAAUCGAUUUCAUCAAGAAUUGCCACGACCGGUAGGUUUAGUCGGCUGCAGCAGUUUCGACGCAGACGGGUCAUUUCUGUCUAAUACUACUCCCGUCGUCGACGGAUUCGGUGGACAGGGCCGACCUCUAAACUUGGACGACGUCAUUCUAAAUGCGAACGAUCUCGCUCGUCACGUCAGUCCGAGAAACGAAGACGACAAUUACAAUUACAAUAAUAUCUAUGGCAACAUUCCAUCCACUUCCCGAGGGUUCAAUGGUGCCGUUUAUGACCAGGUGUACACAGAGAACGAAGGGCAUUACGAGUUUAUUCCGUCGAACUUGGAAGUGGACGAAUUAGAUCAAGCCGCGGAGACGUUCAAUUAUGUGGAGACAUAUGAGGACCGUUCGCGUCAUCCUGAUUAUCAUUCGAACGAGUCAGUUGAAAAUGUAACGGUCAUUUCUGGUCUCAGUAAGGCUAGUAUGGACACCGUGUCCGUAUAUUCAUCGAGGAGUCACGAGGAGGCACGGCCGACUCGACGUAAACAUUUACAGGCUUCGCUGGAUGAUAUGCUUGUUUUGGGGAUGAGGGAUCAACCGCUUCCAGAAGACAAAGACGAAGGAAAAUUUCUUCAUCCAGGUGCAGUUAAGUGCAAGGUCCGCAAAUCAAUAAAGCCACUCAACCUUCUUUCAAAAACAAAAAAUAUGCUGACGGGAAAAAGUGACAAACGGCCUGAAGACGAAGGACGACGAAGAUCGUUGAGCGCAAGCGCAGGAGAUGUCUCCCAUUCCGAUGAUGCGUUGACGGCCACUGCCAGCGAACCGGAUUUGAGGGAUGCACAGGUCAGGCCUUAUUUUCUACCUUAA